AAAAAAAUGAUUGCCAUAUUGUUGCACUCGGUUCUUGGUGAAAGGCAAUGGAAAGACGGGAUUAUUCCUAGAGGACUUGGCGACAUUUGGCUAGAAGAUAUCUUGGGGCCACGCCGACGGAAGGCAAAUUGGCCAAAUUGA